UCUCUCACACACACACACACACACACAUUCAAACCCAUUUCUUCUCUUUUUAAUCACUAUCAUACUCUUCUCUUCUUUUCUUUUCUUUCUUUUUUUUUUUUUAAAUUCCCAAAGAACCUGCUUUAUCAAUUAUAUAUCUCUCUUACUAAAAUUUCUCUCAACUUUGAUCUUGAUAUAGAUUAGACAUAUGUAUUGCUCAUGAAAGGUGUUUGAGGUUUCAUCCUCGCUAAUAUUUAGAUACAUGUAGUCCCUCAUCUUACAUAUAUCAGAUAAUUAUUAGACCGUAGCCCUAGACUAACCUCAAGAGGAAUAGGGAGUGAAACGUUUACCUAUUAAUAUAUCAUUAAAAUUUGAAUCGACUUUACAUAUAAGAGUCAUAGGCCCUGACCCAUUUGGCUGGUAUCUUUCAUAUAUUUGAAUUUUUACUGUCAUCUACUUUUUAUUUUUAUUUUUAUUUUUUUAUGGCAUGCUCAAGCCCAAUUUUGUAUGAGACCAAGGGUUGGGGUGCCCUUUAAUGAUGUUCAAAUUCGAGUCUCAUUGUUGUAUGUGCAAUUUUCAAUUUUCUUAUUUCUCUUACAAAUUGUUAAAAAUUAAAAGCUCAAAUUUACGUAUAUCUAUUUAAUAUUAUACUGUGAACAUUUAAGUUGAUGGGAGCUAAAAAAUGAAAAUUAUGUAAUGCUUUUUUUGUAUUCCAAAAAAAUCACAAAUAUUUUUUUAAAAAAAAUUUAAAUACUCAUGUUAUCACUAAUUGCGAGGAAUUGGAAAAAUCUAGCGGUUAAAUCGUCUUGUAACUACUUCAGCUUGUAAUCUUUGCACCAUAUCUCUCUCUAUAUGCAGCAAACUAAGGUUUCAAAUAUGGUAGAAUUACACGCAAUAAAGUACACAACUCAGAAGUUUUGUCACUUUCUUUGUUUUCCCAAAAUACCCAUAAAAUUGUUUUCUGUUAAAACUUUACAUCCUAUAAUUGCUAAACGGUUUUUAAAUUCAAUCAUCAUUCAUUAAACCGAUCAAAAGUUCAGAUGCACAAUUGCAAACGCAUCACAUUUGCAUCCACUGCUAGUGUAAUAUGUAUGUAAAUAUGUGUUGUAGAUAUGCAGUUGUGACAGGAGCAAACAGAGGGAUACUAUUGGAAAUAUGCAGACAGUUAGCUUCAAAUGGGGUGAUGAUGGUGCUAACUGCAAGAGAUGAGAAAAAGGGUAUUGAAGCUCUUGAAAAACUCAAAGAGAAUGGUCUCUCUGAUCUUGUGGUCUUUCAUCAGCUUGAUGUGUUGGACCCAUCUACAAUUGCUUCACUUGCUGAUUUCAUCCAAACCCAAUUUGGAAGGCUUGAUAUCUUGGUGAACAAUGCAGCAAUUGGUGCGAUCACAGUUGAUACUGAAGCUCUUAAGGCUUCAGCAGGGGUAGGUCUUCAAUAUCUUCUUCUUCUUCUUCCUUUUAUUCAAGUACUUCUUCCUCUCCUCCUUUUAUUUGAUUCACCAAGGAUCGUUAACGUUUCCUCCACUGCUGGGAAGCUACAGUAUGUAUCCGGUGAAUGGGAUGUAGGACUUCCAAGUGAUGCAGAAAACCUCAGUGAAGACAAAGUGGAUGAGAUACUGACUGAGUUCAUGAAAGAUUUCAAAGAAGAUCAAUUAGAAGCCAAGAACGGGCCUACUUAUCUCUCAGCAUACAUCUUAUCGAAAGCUGCCAUGAAUGCCUACAUGAGGAUACUAGCGAAGACACAUCCAUUCUCAAUGAUUAACUAUGUCUGGCCUUGCUAUGUGUCAAGGUGCGCUCAUCCAAGGGUCAACACCUUGAUGCUACACUCAUUUGGGCCCUUUGGAGAGCCAAAAACAUGCCCAAGAAGUUGGUGCAAGCGCAAGCCAAGGCCCAAGGCAUGGUGCAAGAUAGCCCACGGCAUGCCAUGAAGCAGCCCAUGCCAACAGCCAACAGCAGCAGCAGCCAACGUCCAGCAGCAGUGGCAGCAGCCAACAGCCAACAGCAAGGCCACAGCCUUGCCAGUCCAGCAGCAACUUUGAAGCACAUUUUGGAGGGUCAAAUGUAGUCUUUUUGCCUUGUAAAUUUUUAUGUAAAUACCUUAGUAUUAAAGGUGUUUUGGGACCAUGUCUUGUAAUUUUUCUCUUUUUGUAGAAUUUUUAGAAAUCUAUUAUGACUCCUUAAACAUAAUAGAUGUUUCCUCUUGCUGGCUAGGAAAAGGCUUAACAAGUUAUAUUAAGGAGGGGGUACCCAAGUGUUGAACCAAACCACUUGUGCCUUUGAAGUACCCCAACCUAACCAAUGGUAAGGCAACUCUUGUAGCACUUUUGGUACAUUGUUCAACUAUUGUAAUGCCUUCUUUUGAUCAAUGAAAAGUUCAUUUCACCUUUAAAUUGUGCAAAGCUUUUCUAGUGUUGCUUGCUUUAAAUUUAGCUUGUUGCUUGCUAAUUUGUGGCUUGUCUCCAACCUAAUGGCUCAUAAACU